AUAAUAAAGUCUCGACAGCCAGCGGCUGCUGCAUCGCCACAGCCCAGAAAGACGUCCUGGACCUGCUGAGGAAAUGGGAAACUUCCUGCCAGCCCUCCCAGCCAGGCCAACCCCAGAAGCCCUACCAGAGCUGCAAGGAAAUCAAGGCUGCCGUGCCAGAGUCUCCAGAUGGACUGUACAUCCUGAUCAGUGAAGAUGGUGAGAUCUACCAGACCUUCUGCGACAUGACCACUAACGGAGGGGGCUGGACUCUGGUGGCCAGCGUCCAUGAGAACAACAUCUUCGGGAAAUGCACCACUGGCGAUCGCUGGUCCAGCCAGCAAGGGAGUGAUGCCAACUACCCCAACGGAGAUGGAAACUGGUCCAACAAUAACACCUUUGGGACAGCCAUAGCAGCCACGAGCGAUGACUACAAGAACCCAGGCUACUACUCUCUUAUAGUCCGAGAUAUCGCCAUUUGGCACGUUCCCAACAACAACCCGAUGAAGAAAUGGCGGGAGAUUUCCUUCUUGAGAUACCACACCGAGACAGGCUUCUUGUCUGGGGAAGGAGGUAACCUUCUCCGGCUCUAUGAGAAAUACCCGGUGAAAUAUGGCGGUGGUAACUGUCCAAAAGAUAAUGGCCCCACUACCCCUGUUGUUUAUGAUGUUGGCGAUGCCCAGAAGACUGCAGAGUUGUACUCUCCCAAUGGGCGGUCUGAAUUUGUCGCUGGCUUCGUCCAGUUCCGGGUGUUUAAUAAUGAGAAGGCAGCACUGGCUCUCUGCUCUGGCGUUAAAGUCACCGGAUGCAACUCAGAACAU